UUUUUAACGUUUCCACAUCAUAGACACUUUGUCGAGGAGUCCUAUCAAAGAGGUACACACCAUGGGGACUAACUGUCACAAGGGAAGUUUCUGACGACUUUUGUUCUUAAUUUUUCGUUCAGAAAAACUUCUCCGUUGGCUUUGCUUACGUUUAUUAACUGACACUCAUAAACGAGCGCGUGUUUGGACGCUAGCUUAAAAAAAAAAAGUUGUUGGGGGUUCACUACCGGAGGAAACAAGGCAGGAUGUAUCAUGAAGAAGCAGCUGCCCUACAUAAGCCACGCUAUGGAACCAUUCAAGAUGAUGAGAGGCUUUCAGCAGAGGAGAUGGACGAGCGAAGGCGGCAGAACAUUGCCUAUGAAUACCUGUGUCACUUGGAAGAGGCUAAACGGUGGAUGGAGGCCUGCCUGGACGAAGAUCUGCCCCUGACAACAGAAUUGGAAGAGGGACUGAGGAAUGGUGUCUACCUUGGCAAACUUGCCAACUUCUUUGCCCCCAAAAUGGUGGCCAUAAAAAGGAUCUAUGACAAAGAUCAGGCUCGAUACAAGAGCAAAGGGCUGCACUUCAGGCACACUGACAACACAGUGCAGUGGCUCAGGGCCAUGGAGUCAGUGGGUCUCCCAAAGAUAUUCUACCCAGAAACAACAGAUGUGUACGAUCGCAAAAACAUGCCCAAGGUGAUAUACUGCAUACAUGCAUUGAGCUUGUACUUGUACAAACUGGGCAUUGCACCACAGAUCCAGGACCUACUAGGAAAAGUGACUUUCACAGAGGAAGAGAUCAGUAACAUGAGGAGUGAGCUGGAGAAGUAUGGUAUUCAAAUGCCAGCUUUUAGUAAGAUUGGUGGAAUCCUGGCCAAUGAGCUCUCAGUGGAUGAAGCAGCAUUGCAUGCUGCUGUGUUUGCCAUCAAUGAGGCGGUUGACAGGGGGCAGGCAACUGUGACCAUGGCAGCCCUGAAAAAUCCAAACGCCAUGCUCAGGAGCACCGAAGAUGCUCUGGCCCAAGACUAUCAGGACAUGCUGAGCCAGGCCAAGACACGUAAACAGGAUCAAUCCGCUGGAAGUUACUCCAUGGUAUCUACUGAAGAAAGAGAUGUUUAUGAGGAGUUGCUGACUCAGCAAGAGAUUCAGAGCUGCAUUGUCUUUGUCAACAUCCAAGCAGCAGUAAGGCAGGUAAAUGAAGCAGUGUGUACCCAAGAUGAAGGGGCUCUGUUGGCUGCACUGAGUUUGCAAGCUCUGGGCCUGCUUGGUGUACAGGACACAAACUGCAGCUGGUACCUGGAGCAAUUUACCGCCUAUUGUCAGCACAAAUCCAAGGAUGGAGGAAAGGCAGUACUGGUAGACAAGGAGGAGAUUCAGAGAGUUGUCAGCUCUUGCAAUGACUUUGCUGAGGCAGAGAGACGAAAACGUGAAGCAGUUUCCUCAAUCAAUACUGCCAUUCGUCUUGGUGAUGCAUCUCGCACUGUAGAGGAGCUCAUAAACCCAGAGGCCCAGCUUCCCAUCGUCUACCCAACAGCUGCCAAGCUGUAUCAGGAUGAGCUUUUUAGUUUACAACUACAAGGGGGACGGGCGGGCCUGAGUCAUGAAGAGUUAAGUGUAGCUGUGGAGAUGCUGUCAGCAGUCGCUGUGCUCAAUGAGGUGCUGGACACCAAAGAUCCACAGGCUGUGGUUGAGCAACUAACAGACUCUCCUCUGGGUUUUACAAACAUGGACCAAGACAACCUAAACAGGUAUGCUGACACUCUUAUCAAAUUGCGGGCAGAGACUCUUACCGAAGGACAAGAGUUCCUCACCUGGAAUGAUGUUCAAAAGUGUAUCGAUGCAGUCAACAUUCAGGUCCAGGAAGAGCAUGAACGCAUCAUAGCUAUAGCGGAGAUCAAUGAAGCAUUGAACUCUGGAGAUCAUCAGCAGACACUUGCAGCCCUGCUCCUCCCCACAGCCAAGUUGACAGGGGUGAAGCCAGCCACGGCCAAACACUACCAUGACAUCUUGCACUAUACCAAACUACUCCUCUGCCAGACCUCUGGAGAUGACUCUGCUGUGCUGUGGCUGGACCAAAUCCAGGAGGCCAUUUAUAGAGCCAACCAGGAUGAAGAGGAGGCUCUCACAAUGGCGGGAGCACUGGCUGACAUCAACAAGAUGGUGACAGAGGGUGUCUCCCAGAAUACACUGCGGGCUCUACAAUCACCAAAUGCAGGGAUGAGAGCAGUGCUUUCUGAAUGUGCUGACAUAUAUCAACGUGAACUGGCACAGAUACAAACAAACAAGGCAGCUGAAGGUAGUGCUGAUAGUUUGUGGGUGAAGCACUGCAUUAAUGACAGAAAUGACUACUACUAUAACCUAGAGACGAGACAGGGUGGCUGGGAGGAGCCAGAAAAUUUUGAACACAAUUGUGGCCACCUCACUAAAGAGGAAAUUCAGAGUGUUGUCAGUUGUGUGACUGCAGAAUAUAACAGGGAGCAGCUGUGGUUGGCCAGUGAGCAUUUAGUGACUCAGCUUCAGGCGAGGAUCCGAGGUUUUCUGUGCAGGCAGAGGCAUACUCAGAGAAUGGAGUAUUUGCGUCAACAAGAACCGCAUGUCAUCAAACUGCAGGCCUGCUGGAGAGGUUACAAACAGAGACAAAUAUACCAGGACAGAAUUAAAUUACUUAUUAAAAACGUUGCUUCCGUUGUCAAGAUUCAGUCCCUGGUAAAAAUGUGGAAGGCCAAACGUAAAUACAAUGAACGUUUGCAGUACUUCAAAGACCAUGAGAAAGAUAUUGUGACCAUACAGGCUUUUCUAAAGGCCAAUAAAGCCAGAGAUGACUAUAGAACCCUGACUGGGGCCAAGGACCCACCACUUUCAGUAGUCCGCAAGUUUGUCCACCUGCUGGAACAGAGCACUUUGGAUCUUCAGGAGGAGCAGGAAGUGACACGACUCAAAGAGGAAGUGGUCACCAAAAUUCGCUCCAACCAGCAGAUGGAGCAGGAUUUGAACCUGAUGGACAUCAAGAUUGGGUUGCUGGUGAAGAACAGGAUUACUCUUCAGGAUGUUGUGUCCCAUAAUAAAAAAAUGAAGAACGAGAAAAACAAAAUGAGUAACGAUGACUUGGGCACAGCUGACAAACUGGGAAUAAAGGGGUUAAGUAAAGGAAAACGAAAGAAACUGGAGGCCUACCAACAUCUAUUUUACCUCUUGCAGACCAAUCCAUCCUACUUGGCGAAACUCAUCUUCCAGAUGCCCCAAAACAAGUCUACAAAGUUUAUGGACACUGUGAUCUUCACCUUGUACAACUACGCUUCCAACCAGCGAGAGGAAUAUUUACUGCUCAAACUAUUCAAGACUGCUCUAGAAGAAGAAAUCAAGUCUAAGGUAGACCAGAUUCAAGACAUCGUCACAGGCAAUCCCACAGUCAUCAAGAUGGUGGUGAGCUUCAACAGAGGGGCACGUGGCCACAACACUCUGCGACAACUGCUUGCUCCUGUGGUCAAAGACAUCAUUGAGAACAAAAGUCUUGGUAUCAACACUAACCCGGUGGAUGUUUACAAAGCCUGGGUCAACCAGCUGGAGACAGCCACUGGAGAGGCCAGCAAGUUGCCUUAUGAAGUGACUCCUGAGCAGGCCAUGUCACAUGAGGAAGUACGCAGCAGGCUGGAGUCAUCUAGUCUGGCACUUCGCUCCACAACAGAUAAAGUCCUUAACUCUUUUGUGUCUUCUCUGGAUAAUAUCCCUUAUGGCAUGAGAUAUGUAGCAAAAGUUCUGAAGAACUGUCUCCACGAAAAGUUUCCAGAUGCAUCAGAAGAUGAGCUGUUGAAGGUUGUAGGAAACCUACUUUACUACCGCUACAUGAAUCCUGCCAUCGUAGCUCCAGAUGGAUUUGACAUUAUUGACCUGUCAGCGGGAGGCCAGCUCCAUGUUGACCAGCGACGCAACCUCGGAUCUGUUGCAAAAAUGCUCCAGCAUGCUGCUGCAAACAAGCUGUUUGAGGGCGAGAACGCACACAUGACUCCUCUGAACUACUUCAUAUCUCAGACAUAUGAGAAGUUUCGGGUGUUUUUCCAGGCUGCCUGUGAUGUCCCUGAACCUGAAGAGAAGUUUAAUAUUGAUGAAUAUUCAGACAUGGUGACCCUGAGCAAGCCCAUCAUCUACAUCUCUAUUGAGGAGAUCAUCAAUACUCAUUCUCUGCUUUUGGAACAUCUGGAGGCCAUCUCACCAGACUGCAAUGACUUACUACAUGAGCUCCUGCAGGACCUGGGAGAUGUCCCUGAUGUUGAGACAUUAUUUGGUGAAGGAGCUGUUCAUAGCAAUGACGCAAACAAGGAGCUUGUCCUCGGCCAGCUCGCCAAGACUGAGAUCUCCCUCACGCUGACCAGCAAGUUUGAGCUGCUUGAGGGUGAUGACAAAGACUUAAAGACGCUUGUGACAAAGACAAAGAAGCUCAUAGUAGAUGUGGUUCGAAUUCAACAUGGAGAGACGUUGCCUGAAAUUUUAGACACCCCUGCUACACCACCUCAGGAGUCAGAGCAUACAAAAAUAUUGGUGCGGCGGGCGGUUCAGGAUGCUCAGACCCCAGAAGGUCUGAAGAGCAGCCCAGCAGUACUGGAGGACAGUCAGCUUCCCCUGGAGCAGAAGAAGAGAAAGAUCCUGAGGAACCUUCGGAAUUUGGAGCAAGCUAACCUCGUCACAGCCUCUAACAAAUAUCAAGACAUCAUCAAUGACAUUGCUAAGGAUAUUCGCUACCAAAGACGCUACAGACAAAGGAGGAAGGCCGAGCUUGUGAAGCUUCAGCAGACACUCUUGGCACUCAAUUCAAAAACGACUUUCUACCAGGAGCAGAUGAAUUAUUACGACACCUACAUCAAGACCUGCCUGGACAACCUCAACCGCAAAAAUUCACGCAGAUCCAUUAAAAUGGAAAGCAAAGCAGAGGAUAAGGGCAGCAAAAAGUGGAAGCCUCCAUCAUUGAAGUACACUGGAGCAAGGCUGCAUGAGAAAGGAGUCAUUCUGGAGAUCGAAGGACUUCAGACAAACCAGUUAAAAAAUGUCAUGUUUGACAUUUCACAGACUGAGGAAGUUGGGGAUUUUGAGGUGAAAGCCAAGUUUAUGGGAGUUGAGAUGGCAAAAGUUCAGCUUCAUUUCCAGGACCUCCUACAGCUCCAAUACGAAGGUGUGGCUGUCAUGAAGAUGUUCGAUAAAGCUAAAGUGAAUGUCAACUUGCUCAUCUUCCUCCUAAAUAAGAAAUUCUACGGCAAAUGAAUGCCAAAGAAUAAUAAUGAAAGAAAAGCGCCAGUAGUGGAGAUGAAUACAGGGCGUGCCUUCUGACAGUUUGUUCGACAAAAAUGUCAGAAAAAUGUAAGAUGUCGCAAGCCGAUUAUUUCAUCGUAUAAUUUGAUUGAUUAAAUCAAAAUACAUGUUACUGUUUUUUUUUCUCCUUUUUUCCCCUUGUGGUUAAAUGUGAGGUGUAUUUUAAUUAUAAAGAUAUUAUUUUAUAUGUAAAAGAAACACUAUUCUUGUUCAUGUCACUUCAAUGAAGCAGUUACAUCCGAAUUGGUGCAUCUCUCUUGGCUUCAUGAAUACUGUCGUUCACAGGUGCCUUUUUAAUUAAAGAUGAAUCAUAUUUUAAUUAAUAAAACUUUUAAAUGCUACAAAUAUUGUAUUUUAAUAUGUAUUGUCAGUGUAAAGUGAUUUUGACAACAAAGCAAUGUAUAAUAAAUAUCU